AUGGAAACAAUCAAGGCCUCUGCUGUAGACUUGUUGAUAGGCAAGAUAGUGUCGGCCAUUGAGAAUGAAGCAUCAUUGAUUGGAGGGCUUAGUGAUGAGCUUGACGAAAUCAAGCAGGAGUUUAUAAGCAUGAGAUCUUUUCUACAAGAUGUUGAUAAAAAGGGGGUCCUCAAUCAAGGAGAGAACGCAUGGGUGGGUAACAUAAGAGAUCUGGCUAAUGAGGUUGAAGAUGCCAUAGAUGAGUUCAUGUAUCACACGAACAAGCAGAAUAAUGGGGGCAAAUUCACAAGGCUUCUUUACCAGACAAUUCGCCUUCCAAAGAAUCUAUGGGUAAGACAUCGAACCGCCACAAAGUUGCAAAAGAUCAAUAGAAAGAUCAAAUCCAUUGACGAACGAAGAAGACGUUUUGCAAUCGAACGAAUAGAAGGAACAAGCUCUGUUGAUGAUCAAAAAGCAAUGUUUAAUUACGCAGUGUCGUCUUUCUUUAUCAAGGAGGACAAAUUGGUGGGGCUUGAGGAUGAUAAUGAACUUCUAGUCAAAUGGCUAACGGAGGAAGAACAAAAAUGCACUGUUAUUUCAGUGGUGGGAAUGGGUGUCUCCCAAAAAUAUGUUGUUGAUGAUUUACUGAGAAGAAUGAUUGAGGAAUUCUACGGCGCUGCCAAGGAAACAGUUCCUACAAAUUUAAACACGAUGGGGUUCAGAGAGUUGGUCAGUACAUUGCUGAGCUAUUUAGGGGCGAAAAGAUACUUAAUUAUCUUGGAUGAUGUGUGGAGCAGUAAGCUCUGGGAGGAAAUCAAUGUAUCUCUCCCAGAUGAAGGAUGUGGAAGUCGGGUAAUUCUUACAACGCGAAAUGAAAAUAUAGCUUCAUCAUCUUUCGGAGUCAAAAGCCAUGUUCACCAUGUAAAACCACUGGGAGAGAAAGAGGCCUGGGAGCUCUUUAGCUUGAAAGCAUUCUCCAACAAUCUGGUUAGGCUUUGUCCUCAAGAGCUUCAAAUCUUGGCUAGAAAGCUCGUCGACAAAUGUGAAGGACUGCCUCUUGCUCUUGUGGCUUUGGGUAGUGCCAUGUCAUCGAAGAAACUAGUAUCAGAGUGGCAAAAGGUUAAUAAUAGCCUGGAUUUCGAGUUGAGGAACAACCCCUCGCUGCAAAAGAUGAAGCUUAUCUUGUUAAUUAGCUUCAAUGAAUUGCCAUACAAUCUGAAGCAUUGUUUCUUAUAUUGUUGUCUAUUUCCUGAAGAUUUUGUGUUAAAAAGAAAGAGGCUUAUUAGACUUUGGAUGGCAGAAGGGUUUGUCGAAAAAGUGAAGGGAAUAACACCAGAAGAAGUGGCAGACAGCUAUCUCAUGGAACUCAUUCACCGAAACAUGCUUCAAGUUGUGAAGAGGAACCCCUCAGGAAGGCCAAAAAGAUGCAAGCUGCAUGAUCUUUUACGGGAAAUUUCUCUUUCAAUAGUGGCGGCCGAGAAUUUUGGUGCUCUGUAUGAUGAUGAAGAAGCAAGUAAAGAAAGUGGAGCACGUCGCUUGUCGAUCCAAACAAUAACAGAGCAAAUAAAAUCAUUAAAUGGCAUGUCAAAGCUCCGCUCGCUUCUUGUGUUCAUUGACUAUAGGAUUUCUCCAUCUUUGGUAACAUUGCCAUCUGGAUUUAGAUUGUUAAGGGUGUUGGAUCUACAAGAUGCACAGGUUGAGAAAUUGCCAGAUGAACUAGUGGAUCUGUUCAAUUUAAGGUACUUGAACCUAAGGAGGACGAGGGUGAAGGAGCUUCCAAAAUCAAUUGGAAGGCUCUCCAAUCUACAAACACUAGACGUUGCCCAUACAAGAAUAGAAGUGCUUCCAACAGGAAUAACAAAUUUGAAGAACUUGCGUUAUCUAGUGAUGUUCCGUUCCUCCCCUCAUGGAACUGAAGGUUUUGAAUAUUAUUUUGGAAUACGAACCCCGCCAAAUAUUUACAAGUUAAAGAACUUGCAAGUCCUGAGUUGUGUUGAAGCAGGAUCAGAUUUAAUGAGACGCAUCAGGAGCAUGACACAGCUUACAAGGUUUAGCAUUACAAAGGUAAGAGAAGCAGAUGAGAAAGACUUGUGCACCGCAAUCCAAAAUAUGAAUCUCCUUCGUUUGUUAAGUGUGAUGGUGAAAGAUGAGGCAGAAACCUUGCGAAUGGAUGUGCUCACUGCAGCUCCUCCACACCUUAAAUCUCUGCUAUUAGCGGGGAAAUUAGAGAGGGUGCCACACUGGUUUCAAUCACUUCGAAGCCUCGUGUUUUUGCGGUUGUAUUGGUCUAGACUGACACAAGAUGUUUUUCCUUUCAUCCAAGCGCUGCCUUGUUUAGGAAUUCUUGUACUUAACAAUGCAUAUUCUGGAAAAGAGUUACUGUUUGAUGCUGGGUUCCAAAAGCUGAAGUUUUUAUCUUUAGCCAAUCUCCCGCAACUGAAAGAGAUAACAAUAGAGAGGGGAGUGAUGCCAGAUCUCGAACAACUUAUUGUAGAAGGAUGUAUGGAGUUGAAGACAUUGCCUCAUGGCAUUGAAUAUCUCACGAAUCUCCAAACAUUGGACUUGGCUACCGUUUCAAGUGAGCUCAUCCAUCAGAUACAUGGUGAACAGAGUGUGGGUCGUUCAAAAGUUCGACAUAUCCCUAAUAUCCAUCAUUAUUACAAAUCAGCGUCUGAGACAUGGCAAUUCAAAAACUUGUCUUGAAUCUAUUGCAAGACGGAAUAAGGUGCAAAGAUGAAGAUUUCUUCAGGCAACCUUGGCUUAUGGAUGAAAUAAAAUUUGUAGCAGGAGCAAUGGUAUGCAUGUUGUUAUUGCUCUUGUAAUGCAGUGAUGCUUGUGGUGGAAUACUAUGGCCAUCUUUAUUGUAAUCUAUCUUUAUAUCUCAGCUUGGAGUGCAUUGGAGUUGUAUUGGUCUCAAGAUUUAGGCACAAUCUUGAGAUUAAUAAACUUGUCAAUUAUAGUGGAUUGAUUUGAAGUUU